CAUGUAAAACAUUGAAAUUAACUAUGGUGAGGUAGUUUACCAUAUAAUUUGUUAAAGAGAGCAUCUCGUUAGAGAUAUCUACUAUCAAUUGUACAUCUUUAAGAAUGCUAUAACUCUUUCAACUGUAAUUCUAUUGGUUUAUGAUCUAAAUAUAGGAAAUUGAGUCAACAACUCCAAAAUAUAUGGUGCCAAUAAAUCUAGAAAAUAAUAUACAUUGGGUAAAAAACAAUUAGAGAGUGUUGACUUAAUUUGGGAUUGAAUACAAAGGGACAGUCAAAUAUUUCACAGCACCAGAACAAGAGCUAAAAAUCUUCAAAAGGAUAGUCAAAAACAAAAUAAUGUAUCGAGAAGUUAGUGACUUCUACCAACCAUUAAAACUCUUAGGCAAAGGAGGGUCAUCUAAAGUAUGUUAUUAGACUUAAAAUUUAGGUUUAUUUAGUACAUGACAAGGACAAUUCAGCAGAAUUUGCAUCCAAAUGUAUUGAAAAAAGAUAUCUCAGAGAAGAUGGUGGCUAUGUAAGAAAUACUCUUAUAAUUUAUAAGACUGCCUUAUUCAAUGAGAUUAGUAUCAUGGCUAACCUUGAUAAUGAGUAGAUCGUUAAGCUUGAAGAAGUAUAUGAAGGAGACAAUACAUUUUACCUGAUACUUGAAUAUCUGAAAGGACCAAGUUUACAUGACCUAUGUAAUAGUAGAAGUACCACAUAACCCUUGACAUGGGAUCAAAUUAAAUAGAUUAUGUGGGUAUCAUCUAAUGUUUAAAUUAUUAGUAAUUACUCAAAGGAGUGGCUCAUAUGCAUAGUUUAAAUAUUAUGCAUCGUGAUCUAAAACCAGAAAAUAUCAUGUUUAAAGAACAUGGUUCAGUUUAAGGUCUUAGAAUAGUUGAUUUUGGGUUGGCCACAAAUACAAAUGUAGAUAAAUACCCAUUUCCAAAAUGUGGUACUCCUGGAUAUGUUGCUCCAGAAAUUGCUAAUCUUAAAGAUCUAACUUUAAAAUAUGAUAAGAUCUGUGAUAUGUUUAGUAUUGGCUGCAUCUUCUAUAAAUUGUAAGAAAUUAUUUGAUAAUUUAGAAUAACAUAGAAAGAUUUAUUUCCUGGAGUAGACUAUCAUGAAAUACUUAAACUCAAUAAAAAAUGCUAUGUCAAUCUUGACAAUCUUCAAAUGUUCAAAGCUCCCUCUUCAGCUGUUGAACUUAUUUCUUAAAUGCUUAAUCCUAAUCCCACUUUAAGAAUCUCUGCUUAAAAAGCUUUGGAACAUUUAUUUUUUGUUUAAAGUCCUUAAGCAGAUAUUAGAAUUAGCUUUUAAACAAAAAAGCGACUAGACCCUUAGAAUAAAUUAUGGUAGACUUAACUUUUUAAAAAUAUUAAAUCUGAUAAAAUUCAAUUGCCUGAGAUUCCACUUAAGCUUAGACAAUAAGUUAAAGAGGAUGAGGUAGUUGAAGAUGAAAAGAUAUCUAUAAAUGUUCCUGCCAUGAAAAGUCCAAGAUUUUAAUAAUAAAUUAAAUAGAAAAAUAUAAAUCUCAUAGACAGUUAACCCUCAACUCCAAGAACAAAAUAGAUUAAAAAAUAUUCAACUUAAGAGUAUGAUUUAUCAUCAGAUGCUUCAUCUCCUGAUUCUGCUAGAAUGAGACCAACUAUUGUACUUAAAAAUUCAACAUAAAGUUCAGCCAAAGCUCAAACUCCUAGAGCUCGACCCAGCAAAUAGAUUAUUUUAUAAAGAUAGAUGUCAAAUCAACCAAUUGAGGAAGUCAAUGAAGAAGAAAUCAAAGCUUGAUC